CUUAGCCUUCUGGCAAGUGGCAACAACUACAAGAUACAAGAACGGUUGAAUCCACGGGCACCACGUUGGUCCAAAUUCCGUCUGCCACAUCAACCGUACAUGGCUGCACCACCGUCGCAGUAGCUCCGGUGACGAAGGGCCCGUAAAUAACUGGAAAAUGGCGACGGCGACACUGAUAUCCACCGUUAGCAUUAAUUUACGGCGGCCUGCAACUUUCCAACCGAAGACUCCGUUGUUCUUCAGACGACGAAAAGUGGUCACAUUCGACUCCAAUUCCAAACCAUGGGAGUCGCGGAAAAAGGUUUUGAAGGAGAAUUCCUUUUUCUGCGCUGCCUCUCGCCGGAAUUCCAGCAGCAACACCGUCACUGAUAUAUCCGUUUCGGAAUUAGAUGAUAACAUACGGAAGGUAGUACAAUUAUUAUUGUGGGCCGCGGAGGGAGUCUAUAUCAUCUGGCUGUUCUUGCUUCCCUAUGCUCCUGGAGAUCCAGUUUGGGCUAUUAGUUCAGACACAAUUAAUUCCCUUGUUGGUCUUUCACUUAAUUUCUUCUUCAUUCUACCGCUAGCAAACUCAGUCGGAAUUCGUCUAAUCGAUGCUCCUGUGCUUCACCCUAUGUCGGAAGGAUUGUUCAAUUUUGUUAUUGGGUGGACGUUUAUGUUUGCUCCGUUGUUAUUCACUGAUCGUAAAAGAGACAGAUAUAAGGGAUCACUUGACGUCUUGUGGGGAUUUCAGAUGUUCCUUACAAACACAUUCUUGAUACCUUACAUGGCUAUUCGAUUAAAUAAGCCAGACGCUGAGUACACUCCAAGAAAAGCUUCCCAACUUGGUUCGGUUAUGGUUAAUGGUGCAUCGGUAGUUGGAGUCGUUGGUGGGGCUGCAUGUCUUAUAUCAAUCUUGUGGGGUCUCUUUGGGCGGUCAGAGGGUGAUUUCGGGAGUGUAGCAGAUAGAUGGGAGUUUGUGGUGAGUUAUCUUGGAUCAGAAAGACUUGCAUAUGCCUUCAUAUGGGAUAUAUGUCUCUAUAUAGUUUUCCAGCCGUGGUUGAUUGGAGAAAACCUUGAAAAUGUGGAGAAAGGGAAGGCGAAUAUAGUGAAAUAUCUAAGAUUUGUGCCUGUUUUUGGGUUAGUUGCUUACCUUCUUUGCUUGGAUGUUGAUGAAGAGGUGUAACCAACUUCAUGAUUCUGUAUUUAACUUCAAUCAAUCUUUGCUA